AUUUUAAAUUACGUGCAUUUAUUUGAAAAUAUUUGAAAAAAUGAGAGAAAAGGGUCGCCUCUCUUGUGCAAGGUGCUCAGCAUCUUUCCCAAACGUUAGCAUUUUGAAAUGUGACAACACAAUUCUUGGUAUAUCGCUUACAAUGUGCAAGACUUGCCACAAACGUUUCCAUCCGACAUGUACCAGCCAUACGUCGGCGACCAGACCAAGUGACAGGAUCUGUGACAGAUGUUUGCUUUGCGAAGCGACUGUUGUAUGUCCGCAAUGCUCAGGUCAGUUUCAAUGCGCACAGUUCUGUGAAUUAUGCAGUAGACAAGCACACGAGGGUCUUCGUGUUUCGCAUCUGGAUCACGUGAAAUCCAUGCCAAGUUAGUUUUUGUUGGACGCUUGUAAUCCGCUAAAAUACUUAAAUUUUAAUUUCCAUGAACAUUUAGGCUGGACCUAUCUGUUAUCUGUUUGAAAUACUGUCAUAAUAAUAUACAGUUUAGGUUAUUUUCACAAUGUGUUUGGUUUAACUAUUAUUGGUGUUCAAAUCUUUUGUAAAAACUGCACGAGCACAUAUAUUCUAUUUAAGCCGAAUAUUGUAAAAAAGUAUGUAUUUAUGUUUGCGUUCACUUUUAAUUCUCCACUGCUCUGGCUAGACCACAAGACUUAACGUCAGUACCACGGUCAAUCACAUGCAACCGAUGAAACGAACUAUUUGUCCUUUAUCCUUCCUCAGCCUAGGUUUUACAUAAUUGUACUGAACAUCCAGCAGCUUGCUUUGUAGCGUUUUUAAUCA